AUGAUAAUUGUGGUGACACCCACUUACAAACGACUCACCAGAAUUCCUGAUUUGUUACGAAUGGCCAACACCCUGGCCCAUGUCAAAGAUCUUCACUGGAUAGUGAUAGAAGACGGGCCCCAAAUUGUGCCUGCUAUCGUGAAAAUCCUGAAGCGAACCAAUCUACCGUAUAUCUAUAUGGCGCAUAAGACAGCUGUANGAUAUCCGAAGAGAGGGUGGUAUCAACGGACGAUGGCUUUGAGGUCAUUAGGUCUAUUGGGAAGAAAUGCUGGAUCGGAGCAUACAGAAAGAGUACUAUUUUUGGAGAUGAUGAUAAUUCGUAUGAUAUCGAUUUAUUACGGAUUAUAUCAGGCAUGUGAAGAAGCUGGGAAUGUGGCCAGACUAAUGUACGACGUCCUCGUGGAAGCACCAAAAGUCACAAAUGGAACUGUCACUGGAUAUAACGUUAUAUGGCAUCCUACUCGGAAAUUCGCAGUUGACAUGGCUGGAUAUGCAGUCAAUCUGAAAGUGAUCCUCAACUCGACAGCUGUUUUUGGAACUUCUUGCAACGUGGAAAAGGAUCUCCUGAGACGUCUCGUCGGUGGUACUGUAGUUGAGGCGCCCAAAGUGGUCGACGGAAAAGUCACUGCAUUCAACGUGAAAUGGAACCCAAAACGUCGUUUCGCAGUUGAUAUGGCUGGAUUUGCAGUUAAUCUUAAGGUGGUUCUAAACUCUGAUGCCGUAUUCGGAACAUCCUGUAAACGAGGCGGUGGUGCUCCAGAGACAUGUCUUCUGGAAGAUAUGGGACUGGAAAGAGAAGAUAUCGAACCAUUUGGUUAUGAGAAAACGAAAGACCGCGAAAUCUUUGUUUGGCACACAAAAACGAGCACUCCAAACAUUGUUCAAUCCAAGAAGAACCAAACAAAACCAGUUCCACCGCCGGAUACAUUUGGCUAUUUUGUUGAAGUGUAG